AUGGCAAUGAGAAGGAGUAGUGAAUCAGGUUCGAGACGCUCUCGCUCGUCAUCAAUUUCACAACUUGCCGUGACAGCUGCAGAGGCGCGGGCCGAUGCCGCCAUGCAGUUGGCUCGCGCAAAAUACGCACAGGAAAGGGCUGCAGCGCAGAUAGAGGCCGCCAAGGCAAAUGCGGCAUACGAAUCUCUGCUCCAAGAAGAGGCUGCAGCAGCUGCAGAUGCCAGAUCUAAAGUACUACAAGAGUUGCUUCAGCACUUAAGAACGGAGUUUAAUGAAGACUCGUUAGCUGACGUGCCUGUGAUUGAACCGUCCCUUUUCGUCGCAGAGUAUGUUAGCAGCCUGCCGGAGCAAGCACAAACUCCACCAGAAACAAAUCCAGUAUCCAAUAAGCUUAACCAAGAUCUAGACCCUGUUGUUCAAGAAUCAACCCAGCAACCGACCACUACUGGACAUGUAAAGUUGGAAUGCACUGUUCCAGAUUCACCCCCGGAAGCACACCCUACAGGAGAUGCCAAGUUGGAUAGCAACGUUCAAAAUUCGUCAAAAGAAAUAUCAACGACAGUUCCAGUUUCCGAACUUCUCCAGGGAAUAAUGAAACUCUACGCACGUCGCGACCUCGUCACAACUUGCAUUCCUACAUUCGAUGACGAGCCGGAAAACUUCAGAGCCUGGAAAUUGUCCUUCAAGAAUGCAAUCAGCGGUAUUCCAGUAAGUCCAUCGGAGGAGACCGACCUCAUACUUAAUUACACCGGUGCUAAAUCAGCAGAAAUUGUGAAACGUGCAAGGGCCGUCCACAUCUCCGACCCUGCGAAAGGUUUAAAUGUUGUGUGGGAGCGGUUACAAGAAAAGUAUGGCAUUCCCGAAAUAGUUACGACGGCACAAAUCAACAAGCUUUUUAGAUUCCCAGAUAUAGCUAAGGGCCACUACGAAGAGCUUAGAAAAUUUGCAGACCUCGCACAAAUGGUAGAACAAGCCAGAGUAGAUGGUGGCCUUCCAGGGCUUAACUAUUUAGACACAUUCAUGGGCGUUAACCCCCUUGUAGCCAAGCUACCACGAGAUAUCCAAGAGAAGUGGCGAACACGAGCGUUCCACUAUAAAGAACAGAAGGAAGGUCAAUUCCCACCAUUUAAUUUCUUUUCAUCACAAAGAAAAAAAAUUUUUAUAAGCAAGUUUGUCACAGACUUUGCAAAAGAACGAAACGACAAAAGUCUUAUGCUGUCUACCCACGAGGUAGAAUCGAAAACACAUCUUAACCCAAGAAGGCUGAGUGGUCCUGCCAGACCUCCAUAUCGCACUAACGUUCUGACAAAAUUGACUGGUGUUGCCAAGGCUCAUGACAAUCCGGCAUCAGAUGGUAUAGACAUAGAUACCAAAUGUCCUAUACACAGGACUCCUCAUCCACUGACUGAUUGCAGAGCGUUCCUUAGGAUGCCGAUGGAGGAAAAACGUUCACUGUUGAGGUAUUCAAAGAUUUGUUUUCGGUGUGUGGCAUCCACAGCCCAUAUUGCAAGAAACUGUAAAGCUAAGGUUUCGUGUUCAAUCUGUGGUGGUAAUCGGCACAAAGAUUUCCUCCACGUUGACACACAUGCCGACGAAGCGCAUGGCGGGGAGCGAAGACCGGUAUUAUCGAAAUGCACCCAAGUUUGCCGCAACAAGCCAUCUGGAAGAUCUUGCUCCAAAAUAUGUUUGGCACGAGUAUAUAUCGACGGCAAUCCUGAAAACGUGAUUACCACUUAUGCCGUCCUAGAUGAUCAAAGUAACAAGUCCCUGGCCAAAUCCAAGCUGUUCGACCUGUUGAAGGAGGAGAUACCUAUUCCAGAAGUAGCAGAACAUCAUCCGCAUCUAAAGUCAAUUGCGAAGGAAAUUGACCCCAACGCAGAUAUACUAAUACUCCUGGGGCGAGAUGCACCACAGGUCCAUAAAGUCCGUGAAGUUCGCAACGGACAUAACAACUCACCAUGGGGACAUCGACUAGACUUAGGCUGGGUGGUGAUCGGAGAAGUUUGCAUAGGAAAAGCGCACCAUAGUAACACUGUCAAUACAUUCCGUACACAUGUCCUGCCGAACGGACGUCCUUCCUGUUUCGAGUCAUGUACAAACCAUUUCGACAUUUCACACCCAGCCCACCCACCAGAUCCAGAAACGCACUAUGCUGGUAGACGAUGGCCCAACCCGGGGGAGGACGUUUUUCGUGUGUCCAAGUUUGAUAACAAAGUCGGUAGCUCCAUAGAAGAUAGACAGUUCUUAAAGAUCAUGACAUCCGAGUUCUCAAAAAGUGAGACUGGGAAUUGGGUCGCUCCACUUCCAUUUCGCAUGUCCAGGCCACCGUUACCUAACAACCGUCACGAUGCGAUGAAACGAUUUCAUUCCCUACUUAAGUCUUUCUCAAGAAAGUCAAAGAUGAAAGACCAGUAUCUACAGUUCAUGACAACCAUGAUUACUAAGGAUCACGCGGAACAAGUAAUUUCCGACGGUGAUGGAGAGCGAUGGUAUCUGCCUUACUUUCCCGUAUACCACCCGAAGAAGCCGGACAAGAUCCGAGUGGUAUUCGACUCAAGCGCGGAUUAUCAUGGUGUCUCUCUAAAUAGCGUGCUCAUGACUGGACCAGAUCUAUCCAAUAACCUCAUAGGCGUCUUAUUACGGUUCAGGGAAGACGUCGUCGCAGUCAUAGCAGACAUAGAGCAAAUGUUCCAUUCAUUUCAGGUAAAAGAAGACCAUAGAGACUACCUUAGAUUCCUAUGGUUCGAGAAUGACUAUCCGGAUGGAGCAAUCGUGGAUUAUAGAAUGAAAGUCCAUACAUUCGGUAAUUCACCAUCACCAGCUGUUGCAACAUUUGGCUUGCGCAAGACUGCCCAGGAUGCUGAAGACACGUUUGGCAAAGACGCUCGAGAAUUCGUGAACCGUAACUUCUACGUUGACGACGGUCUAAAAGCUCUCCCCACUCCAGACAAAGCUAUUGACCUGCUACAACGCACUCAGGCAAUGUUAGCAACUGCAAAUUUGCGUCUUCACAAAAUUGCCUCCAACAAUGUCGAAGUAAUGGGAGCCUUUUCCAGCGAAGACCUAGAUCUCAACGUACAAGCACCUCCAAUCCAAAGGUCUUUAGGAGUAUAUUGGGACCUAAAGCGUGACGUGUUCACAUUCAGAAUUGGAGAAGAAGAGAGACCUUUCACCAAACGAGGAGUGUUAGCCGAAAUAAACAGCAUCUACGAUUCUAUUGGUAUCGCUGCUCCAGUCCUAAUUCAGGGGAAACUGUUGCUGAGAGAGAUGACCAGCGAAAAGUCUCUUGAUUGGGAUCAUCCUCUGCCCAAACACACACAGUCGGCAUGGCGCAAUUGGCAGGCAUCCUUACCCAUCUUGGCAGAAAGCUACAUUCCUCGAGCAUAUACACCUGUUCCAAGUACCCAAGCGCAAAGGCGUGAAUUACAUACAUUCGUUGAUGCGUCGACCCAAGCCAUUGGAGCCGUCAGCCAUCCAUGUGAGUUUUGUACUUGGUAA